AUGUAUCUAGGCCGUCAAUGGAGACCAGGCGGUCAUCGGGGCAUUCAGUCUGCCCUUCGUUCUAGUCUACACUGUAACACGUUUUGUUCGGUGUCGAAGAACCAACACCUGAACGACGCCGAACUGAUCCACGUCCUCGGCACCUUGUCAAAAUCGGACCGUGAACGAAACUGCGAGCACGAUUUCGACAACCGCGGACAGGUGGGAUGGGAGGACAUGCCAAGGCCUCUAAUGGUGGUUGUGACCUAA